AUGCCUGCCGCCGCUAAGUCCUUCUGGCCUGCACUCGUUGGCUUCGUUGCUUGCUCCUUCACAUACACCACCGUCGUCGCACGACAAGAAGGCCGCGCCAUGACCGGUGCCAUGGACCGCUUCGAACAGCAAAAGUUGCGCGGAGAAACCGCCUUGUACGGCGGCUCCAACCUGCUCGAGCCAAUCGCCAAAUAA